AUGCCAAGCAAACGACCCAUUAAAGCAUUCUAUGUUCCGAAGAAAACAAUUCCAAGAGAUAUUUCACAAAUAUCGGGUAUUUCUCCUAUUCCAUACAGGAGUCACAGUUUAGCCCCAUCUCCAUCAUUGCACUUUGCUGAUAUAAAUCAUUCUCCUAAUCCUAUGUCAUAUUCACCAUUGGGACGAAGAUCUCAAGUAUCAAAUUUCAGUCAACGAGAAAAGAAGUCAAAUUCAUCAAUACAGGAGUCAUCUACGAAACAGAGCACUGAGCGACAACAACAAGUACUACGACGACAACACCGACCGCGACCACCGCCACAACAACUACGACGACAUCAACGACAUCAACGAGCACCCCGACGACUUCGACAAGGACCACGCCAACGACUUCGACAAGGACCACGACAACGGCUACGACAACGACCACGACAACGGCUACUACAACGACCACAACAACAACAAUAA